AUUCCUUGUACAGCCGCCGGUUAUCAUCUAAUAAAACCCGGCAAACUCUCCUCUCAAUUUCUCCUCCCUUGUUUCUUCAGUUACAGUGAACAAGAAAUAUAGCCGUUGGAGCUAGAAACGGAGCCUUCCUUCUUCAAUGGCGGUUUUCAGUCGCAUUAUUUAAAUCUCUUGCUCUCUGGUUUAUUUCUUUUAAAAAAAUUUUCUUUCUUUUUUGUUUUAACUUUUGUGUCUCGCAUAAAAAGUCUCCUGAGCCAUUGAAGACCUUCUGCUUUUUUGGGUACCUUUUGAAUGAUUGCUACUCCAUUUCAUUCACUUUGCAAUCUGCUUUACCCUGAUAGGUAUCAUGGCAAAUACGUUUUCACCUCUCUCUCUGCGUUGAUGUGUGUGUGUAUAUAUAUGUGUAUAGCAUUAGCGAGGAGCUGCAAAGCCUUUAGCUUUAAGGAGAAAAGCUCAAAUAAAGUGGUUUCUUGUUCAGAUCUGAAAAGCGAGGUAUUAUUUAAUGGCAUGAGUAAAUUUUAUUUUACUCAUUUCUGUUACUGUUUUUAUGGGGAUUUUGUUUUAUAUUUUUGUUUCUAUUUUUUAUAAAUUCCCGGUCUCGCAAUUUUCAAAUCCGAGAGUAAAAGAAGAAAGAAAGAACAAAAAGAAGCUUGGUUUCUGGUUAAAGAACAACUCCAUUUUCAAAGCCUCAAGCUCAUUUUUUAAAGUGACAGGCCCGCCUCUACUUUUAUCGACAAUUAUCUUGGAAUCUGAUUUUUCUUUUUUCCUUCCACAUUCUUUGCUUAUUUUUGAAACUAAUUGUUUUAUUCUGAUACUCGGCCGUCUCCAGCUACCUACUCAAACCAUAGUUGUUGUGGGGGAGAAAAGGCCAAGCAGCAGAAACAGCUCGUUUUUGCUUUUACAGUUUAAGUACUAUAAACUAGGCAAAAUGGAGUCUCUGCACAUUUUCUCUUGGGUUUUCUGUUUGGGUUUGGUUUUCUUGCGAGGAAACGCAGACCCAGUUGAAGACAAGCAAGCUCUGCUCGACUUCGUGAGCACUCUCCGUCCCUCUCGCUCUCUGAACUGGAACGACUCAUCUCCUGUAUGUGGUAACUGGAUUGGAGUGACUUGCAGCAAAGAUUUGUCUCGCAUUGUAGCCGUUAGAUUACCCGGUGUUGGAUUCGACGGACCGAUUCCGCCCAACACUAUCAGUCGGCUUUCAGCUCUCAAGAUUUUGAGUCUUAGAUCUAAUCGGAUUAACAAGCAUUUUCCAUCUGAUUUUUCUAACCUAAGGAACUUGUCUUAUCUUUAUCUUCAGUACAACAAUUUCUCUGGCCCACUGUCGGUGGAUUUCUCUGUAUGGAAGAAUCUGACUGUUAUUAAUUUGUCUAACAAUGGAUUUAAUGGGAGCAUUCCUUCUUCCAUUUCCAAUUUGACUCAACUUCAGGCUUUGAAUCUCGCAAACAAUUCUCUUUCCGGUGAUAUACCUGAUCUGAAUCUUCCUAGUUUGGAGCAUAUUAACUUGUCUAACAAUAAACUUACUGGUACAGUACCAGAGUGGCUUCAAAAGUUCCCGAGUUCAGUGUUUGCUGGUAACAACUUUUCUCAUAGCCUUCCUCCUCAUGUCUCUCCAGUUGUUGUCCCUCCUAGUAAGCCUAAUACAAAACCUAAGAAUACUGGAAGACUUGGUGAAUCUGCUUUCUUAGGAAUUGUAGUUGCUGGUUGUGUUUUGGGAAUUGUGGCGUUUGCAUUUUUGAUUACUGUGUGUUGCUUAAGAAGAAAGGGUGAAGAUGGAUUUUCGGGGAAGUUGCAGAAAGGAGAAAUGUCACCAGAGAAAGUGGUCUCGAGGAGCCAAGAUGCGAAUAACCGACUGUUUUUCUUUGAGGGGUGUAACUUCACUUUUGACCUGGAGGAUUUGUUGAGGGCCUCUGCUGAGGUCCUUGGGAAGGGAACAUUCGGUACUGCUUACAAGGCCAUUCUCGAGGAUGCAACAACAGUGGUGGUGAAGAGGUUGAAGGAGGUGAGUGUUGGGAAGCGAGAUUUUGAGCAACAGAUGGAGGUUGUUGGAGGUAUAAAGCAUCACAAUGUGAUUGAGCUGAAAGCUUAUUACUAUUCCAAAGACGAGAAGCUUAUGGUUUAUGACUAUUACAGUCAGGGCAGCGUUUCUGCUAUACUACAUGGUAAGAAAGGAGAGAAUAGAACCACAUUAGAUUGGGAUAGUAGAAUGAGAAUUGCUAUAGGUGCAGCAAGAGGCAUUGCCCGUAUCCAUGCAGAGAAUAGUGGGAAGUUUGUCCAUGGCAAUAUCAAGUCCUCAAACAUCUUUCUCAACUCCCAGCAGCAUGGUUGUGUGUCUGAUGUUGGCCUGACAACUAUUAUGAGCCCACUAGCUGCCCCAGUUGCCAGAGCAGCUGGUUAUCGGGCCCCAGAAGUGACAGACACAAGGAAAUCAUCGCAACCUUCUGAUGUAUACAGCUUUGGAGUGGUCUUACUAGAGCUGCUGACAGGAAAGUCUCCGAUACAUACCACUGCUGGUGAUGAGAUUAUCCACUUGGUGAGGUGGGUUCAUUCAGUUGUUCGAGAGGAGUGGACAGCAGAAGUGUUUGACAUUGAGUUGCUGAGAUAUCCCAACAUAGAGGAAGAGAUGGUGGAGAUGUUGCAGAUAGCAAUGGCAUGUGUGGCAAGGAUGCCAGAUCAGAGACCGAAGAUGCCAGAAGUAGUGAAAAUGAUAGAAAAUGUCCGACCGAUUGAUGCAGAGAAUAGGCCAUCCUCGGAAAACAGGUCUGAAAGUUCAACACCACCACCACCACAGAGGGGUGGAAGAGAAACUUGAAUUGCACAGUGACUGAAGUAUUUUAUAUUAUCUUGCUGAAUAUUUUUUCCCCACAUUCUGGUUACUUGCAUUCAAGUUCUGCUGGAAAUCUUCUAAUGAACAUAUUUUGGUAAGACUAUUAACAGGAAAUCUGAAUUAGGUUAGAUUAUGAAUUUUCUUGUAACUGCAUGAUUGUAUUUAAGUGGUUAGCUCUUUCUCUCCCUCUAGAGUUCUAUCAGAUUUAAAACUGUGGAGUGCAUGUCAUUUUUCAGAUUCUUGAAAUUU